AUGAAGACUACUAAGUCACCAGAGAAUGCAGAAGUUACACCAUCGAAAAAAAAACUCAAGCAAGCUCGUCUUCCAUUCAAACUUUUAAGUGAUGUAUCUCCAAAGCCGGACAUUCCCUCAACAAGGAAGAGGAAGCUUUCUUCUCCGGAGGUUGAAACUACUACCAAAGUCGGCAAAAUCUUAAAAGAAAACGACGCCACAGAACCAGUGGUAAUUAGUGACGAUGACAGUAAAGAUAUUGUAGAGAACAGAAGUGAAAAAUUACCCAAUCCUUACGUGAAACUCGUAGAUACCGCUAGAAAGAAGCUGCUAAAGUCUAAAAAGAAGAAAAGCAGCAAAAAGGCAUCUAAAGUUCUAAAUGGUUCUUGUGAAGUUCAAACUGACAGUGAUAACAAAGUUAAUGAUUCGAUGGAUGUUGAUGAACCACCGGACACAGAAAAUGUGGUAUCUAAUAAGACUGAAAAUUUUGAAACGAAUAAAGUAAAAAUAGAAGACAACAAUUCAAGCAUUAAUAAAGACCUGGAGGAAGUAGAAUCAGUGAGUAAUGUUAGUGCAAUAAUCACUUUAGAAGAUUCAAAUAAUGCAAGUGAUAAACAUCCAGUAACUGUGGAGGACUCUAAUGACAAAUUAGAGAAAAAAUGUGAUCAAACUAUAUCAGAUGAUACAAUCAAGGAAUCUCCGUCUAAAACUGAAGGUGAUAAUUCAAAUACCAAACAAUAUGAGGAGCAGGUAACUCCUAAAAGAAGUAUGAGAAAUAGGAAUAAAACUGAACAGAACAAUAAUUCCCAAGGAUCGCCAAGCACUAAAUUGAAUAGUUCUACUAGUUCCAUACCUUCAACACCGAAGAGUAGUCAAGGAGACAUCUCAUUGAAUAUAUCAUCUGCAUCUGCCAACACAACUCCUAAACAGAUUCAGAAAAAACUUGAAUCUGCAAAGAAAAAAGAAGAAAGAGAAAAAGAAAAACAAGAAAGAGAGAAAAUAAGGCAACAAGUAAAAGAAGAGAAGGCAAAACUGAAACAGGAUAAAGAAGAACAGAGACGACGUGAGAGGGAGGAGAAAGAAGAAGCUAAACGGAAAGAAAAGGAGGAAAAAGAAGAACAAAGGCGAAAAGAGAAAGAAGAAAAAGAGAAGCAGAAAGAGCUGGAGAGAAAGCAAAAAGAAGAAAAGGAAGAACAGAAGCGAAAGGAGAGGGAAGAAAAAGAAGAACAGAAACGAAAAGAAAAGGAAGCAAAAGAAGAGGAGAAACGGAAGAAGCAAGAGGCCUUAGAAUUAGAAAAACAAGAGCAGGAACUUAAAAAGAAGAAAGCUGCAGAAGCAUUUACAAACUUCUUUGUACCUAAACAGAAAUCGGGGAAAGACCAAGCUAUUAUUUGUUCAGUCAAUAAUAGCAUGCUCUCCAAUUUUACAGUUAAGAGUGAUAUGAGACUGGCUCCUUUAAUUAGAGUAGAUUUAACAGAUGAUAAGAAAAGUAAUUUAGAUAAUUUACUAGAAAAACAAGGUGAAGAUGAGUUAUACUUAAAAUGUUUAAAAGAUGGCCUUUUUAAGCCACUAUUUAGUGGGAAAACAUGGCCAGUGAGUGAUAAAGAUGAAGAGGAUGAUGUUAUGAUAGUUGAGGAUGCUGAAUUGCCACCGAUGGAUGGUGCUGGCGAAAUCCUUUCAAGCGAAUCUGCCCCACGUGAGAAGUUAAGACCCAAACUUUUGAGUUUUCACGAGAAUCGACGUCCACCAUACUGGGGCACUUGGCGCAAGAAAAGCGUAUCUAUUAAGCCUAGAAAGCCAUUUGGGCAAGAUGAGAAACUACUUGAUUACGAGGUAGACAGUGAUGAGGAAUGGGAGGAAGAACAGGAAGGUGAGAGCGUCGGUGGAAGCGUUGCUGGUAGUGAUGAAGAACCAGAUGGUGAUGAAUAUGAAGUAGACAAUGUCGUGUUUGUGCCACAUGGCUAUCUUAGCGAUGAGGAAGCAACAAUGGAUGAAGAUGAUGUACUUUCGCUAUCACCAGAGACUCAGCAAGCAAGACUGAAACAUUUAGAAAAUGAAUUCGAAUCUGAAAUGAAAAAACCUACAGAAAAGCUGAAGCCUAGAAUGUAUGGCUUAUUAUGGGAAACUAAAGAAGGCGGCAAGCCGGAAAAAUGUGCAGACGCCUUAUGGAAUUACUUCAAAAAAAUGUCAAUGAUUAUGAAUGAUCCUACUCCACUUCUAUUACCAUCAACCGAACCUGAAGAAGGUGAGAAAAAGAAAGUGAAAAAGAAAAAACAGAUUUCACAGGCAGAAGGUGAACAAAAACAAAAAAGUCCUAAAAGCGAUAAAAAGAAGAAAUUGAAGUCUGAAGACAAGGAAAGCAAAACUCCUAAAUCUGAAUCUAAAAAGACUAUUGCAGAAGCAAAGAAAAAUCAAACCAGUAUUAACAUGUUCUUGAAGAAAGGAAAGUCGUCAUAA